CAAGUCAUUACAUGUCUUGCCGAGAUGACUACGACAAUCACCGAAAAGUUGCGGGACGAGCCUCGUGGCAGUGCUGCUGGCCAUGAAAAGACCGACUCUCAAUCCGAUGCCCCUACGCUACAUGAGCCGGAGCAAGAUGGUGUUGACAGGGCCCCUGGAGAUGGUACGCCAAAGGACGAGGAAAAGGAGUGGGUUGUAGGAUGGAAGCUCGCGAGUUUAAUGAUUUCCAUUACUCUUGCUGCUUUCCUGAUGCUCUUGGAUAUGUCCAUCAUUGUUACUGCCAUCCCUCAGAUCACGUCCGAUUUCCACUCGCUACAAGACAUAGGAUGGUAUGGCAGUUCAUACAAUCUUGCCAGCGCUGCUCUACAACCCCUUUCUGGCAAACUAUACACAUACUUCAACACAAGGUGGCUCUUCCUGGGCUUCCUGUUCCUCUUCGAGCUAGGGUGUCUUAUUUGUGGCGUCGCCCAAAACUCCAUCACGUUGAUCAUGGGACGAACCAUUGCCGGCAUUGGCAGCUCGGGAAUCCAAAACGGAGCACUCACCAUGAUUGCGGCCUCGGUCCCUCUGCAUAAGCGCCCUGCUUUGGUAGGAAUCCUCAUGGCUGGUGCUCAACUUGGCUUGGUUAUUGGACCUUUGCUUGGUGGUGCGUUUACCGAGUACACAACUUGGCGAUGGUGCUUCUACAUCAACCUUCCGAUCGGCGCCGUCUGUACUGCUCUCAUCUUGUUCGUCCAUGUUCCUGAUCGUCGAGUCCAAACCACCGAUACGGCCCGCCAGAUCAUCACCUCCAAGCUCGAUCUCACCGGAUUCGUCCUAUUCGCCCCUUUUACCGUCAUGUUCCUGCUCGCCCUCCAGUGGGGCGGCAUCGACUACUCAUGGGACUCUGCCACCAUCAUCGGGCUGUUUUGCGGUGGUGGUGCUCUUUUCGCCAUCUUCAUGUACUGGGAGUACCGGGUUGGCGAUGGCGCUAUGAUUCCUAUCCCCGUCAUCCGGACGAGGCAGGUCUGGACUGCGUGUCUGACACAGCUGUUUCUCUUCUCCACCAUCAUUGUGGCUUCGUACUAUAUGCCCAUCUACUUCCAGUCCAUCAAGGAGGCGACGCCGUUCGAAAGUGGUGUCGAUAUGCUUCCCAGUAUCCUUAGCCAGCUGGCAGCUGCUAUCUCGAGUGGUUUUCUUGCUCAAAAAGUAGGAUACUAUCUGCCCUUUGCUACCACGAGUGCAGUACUCUCCGCUGUCGCCAAUGGACUGUUCAGCACCAUGGGCCCCCAUACUCGAACCGCCACUUGGGCCGGUUACCAGAUCCUGGCUGGUUUCGCUCGCGGAUUGGGCAUGCAGAUGUCCAUCAUCGCAGUACAAGCUCACACAAGCCCCGAGAUGACCUCAGUCGCGACCGCAGUUCUGGUUUUUUCCCAAACUUUUGGCGGAGCCAUCUUUGUCUCCAUCGCCAACGUCAUCUUCAACAACAAGCUCCACGACGAGCUCGUCUCACGACUUCCAAACCUCGACGUGAAUAAAAUCAUCGACGCGGGUGCCUCUGGUGUUCGACAGGUUGUGUCAACAAAGGAUCUCCCCGAGGCUUUGAUGUCUUACUCCAAUGCUGUGAACGCAACCUUUUACCUCGCUGUGGCAGCGUCUUGUGCCAUGUUCUUUACUUCGUUUGGUAUUGGAUGGAAGGAUAUUCGGAAGAAGGCUCCUGCAAAGGUGGGAGAUGCUUAG